ACUACCGUACUAUUUAUUACCAGUGAGGAGUGUCGCUGCCAGUGCCAGCGAGAGGAGUGUGUGUCCGGUGUCUGUAGCAUGAAGGAGAAGUCGGACUGUGUCUUGGCCGCAGAAAUUACCAAACACACACAGUCACAUUUCGAGAACACAAGAUAGCAAGACAGCGACGUUUAACCGACGGUAUAGACAACUCUGUGUCUACCGAUUUAUUGUUAUCUAACUCCAUAUGCUGUCGUUGGGAAUGGCUCGGUCGUAGCCAAAGUAUCCCCUUUAUUUAACCUCUGUUUUACUGCGUCAGUUACCGAGAUGCGUUUCAACGAGAAAGAGCUGAUGUCUCUGAGCCGCCAGCCCUCAGAGAUGGCAGCCGAGCUGGGGAUGCGAGGACCCAAGAAAGGAGACGUUGUAAAGAAGAGGCUGGUGAAACUCGUCGUUAACUUCCUCUUUUAUUUCCGAACUGAUGAGGAAGAGCCAAUUGGAGCUUUGCUGCUGGAGCAGUGUCGGGUGGAGAAAGAGGACAGCCAGAGCUUCUCCAUUGCAUUUCUGGAUGAAGCAGAGAGGAAGUAUCUGUUUGAGUGUGACUCAGAAGAGCAGUGUGGGGAAUGGGUGGACUCCAUUAUCAAGGCCAGUUACGAGUUCAUGAGGAAGAACCUGAUAUUCUAUCGAACUGAAAUCCACAGGCUCACUGGCAAGGACCCCUUGGAGCAGUACGGUAUAUCAGAUGAAACUCGCUUCCAGGUCAACAAUGGACAGCAAUUUACGACUAGAGAUACCUCCUCCCUGUAGACCAGCUACCUGUCCAGAUGUACUUUAUUUUCAUUUUAUUUCGCCCUGCCAUUCCAUUCACUCCUCACUGAAAACUAUGGCAUUACCAUAAGCACACCAGCUUUUUAGAUCUUCACUGCGCUGAAUGUAUUUAGUGUUGCUCCAGACGUACAGGGAGAUUCUUAUGCAGAUGUUAUAGCAGAGUAUCUGAGGCCAUGCAAAGUGAUGGAGCGAUAACGCUGAUUAUUUCUUUUAUUACAUUACAUGUAACGUGGGGCUGUCUUAUUUUUAGUUCAGGGGAUUUUACAUGCCAUUUUCUGUAUAAUUUUCAGACUUUGCCUUGGUUGAUUGGUUGUCGGUUUAAAACAUGUUUUCUACAUGACAUACUGUUCUUUUUAGACAAUGUGAUUUGGAAAGACUAUAAUUGUACUUGUGCUGUAGAGCUGUGACUUUCUUCAGGACUAUUCAUAAUAUGAGCACGACUGGGUUUAAGAAGAAUCGAGCCAGGAAAUAUACGCUGUUUAGAGAAGCUUUUGAUUAUUAGAUACAGGGCCAAUUUAGAAAACCUUUGGCAGUAGUUACUGUCGCAAUUUGAGCUCCACGGGCCCUUUGAUCUGCUGAGUUGAGCCACCCUUUUUACUCCAUUUCUGCCUAUGAGAAAGAUAUUUUUUAUCUAUCCCAAUAUAUAUUUAUCAUCUAUCCCAUUUAGAACUACAGAUAAUUAGUUUUAAUAACUAUACUUAUGCACAUGUUACUUUACUGGGAGUUGAGGGGUUUUUGUUAUUAGAAUUUGAAUAAUGUACUUGAACCUACUGAACCUUUUCUGUGGCACUUUGAAUCAGAUUCCUUCAGGCAGCUGUUGGACCAGAGUCAAAAUUAUUUUUUUAAUCUCACACCAAUUUCUUUGCCAUUGUAGCUUCAACAGAGUUGUUGUUAAUGGUGAGGUGAAAUGUUGCUGUCAACCACAUUUCACUAUCCUGCAAAUUGGAGUCAGGAGUCUACCCACAAGAGGAUAUGUUGUUAUUUUAAACUUGCACAUGGAAUGUGUUCAGUCUUUUUUACUUCAUGUUAGAUUAUAUUUGUUUCACUUGAGUCUCUUUUUUUUUGUUUUUUAACUAAUAAAGCUAUUUGAAAGAUGCUGUGAA